AUGGAUCCCGUCAUAGCAUACGUACAAGCCAAUGUGGACGCCAUUCCGUUCAAGUCAUUACAAGCAGACGAACCCGAGCCCAGCAAUGAAGAAAAGAUCGCAACUAUGGCAAGAGUCGCCGAGGGAGACCCAGGUUUAUUCCUUAGUCGAUGGGGACAAUAUCUACCACGUGCCAUUCUCGAAUACUUUCAACCUCUACGCGAUCUCGAUUAUGAAGUUGACUUUUAUCUACAACAAUUGAUGGAUGAGCCAAGCAAACCACAACAACGCAUUGUCAGCAAUCGUCGAUAUGAAUACCUCAAACGACACCUUCGUGAAUCCUCCUACUUUUCUGAUGACUCUAUGCAGCAACGUGAACCCGUCUUGUAUGAGCAAUACGUGGGGCAAUAUCAAUCCGAGCAAGAAAAAACGAUGCCAUUUGCCAACGAUGUUACCCUUGUGCAGCGUGUUCUUAGUAACAUUGAUCGGCAUUAUGCAAGUGAACAAGUCCGAAAACAGAAAAUCAUUGAAGAGGAACAAUUUGAGGAGGAAGAAGAAAGCGAAGAUGAAGAGGAGGAUGUCCAAGAUACACCAAUGUCUGAUGAUCGUACUGGGGCCUUGCCUUCAAAUCAACCAGCAGAAGAUACUCAACAUGAAGAAGCCGAGUUUCGGGAGAGUCAACGUCAGGAGCUGAUACGUUUACUUGAAGAGCGGUUUUUGGCAGGGAAAGAUCCUGAAUUUGAUUACAGCAAAGUGGACAUGAAUGAGGCUUAUGAUGAUCUCACACAACAAGGCCAAGACAUGGAAGAUCGAUAUUUCGAUGAAGAAGAACCUGGAAUUGGUACAUCGACACCACGCUCCACUGUGUACACUGGCGAACUUGAUUAUUAG